GAUGGACUCAACGAGGAAUCACAGUAGGGAAAUCUGCUUAGAUGGCAGGGCAUUACCUAUGGCUUCUAUCACCAUGCGGAAUCUUAUACUUUACACCACUCAUGAAAAUUGGCAGGUUGUAAACCUUAAGGAGGCAAGGGAUUUCUCUUCUGACAAGGAGUUCAUGUAUGUUUUCAAGUUCCUGUCUAAUGAUGCUAAAUUCUUCUAUUGCCGGAAACUUGAAUGGGAAUCUUUAUCUGUUGAUCUCCUGCCUCAUCCAGGUAUGUUUGCUGAUGUGCAAGGGGGAGCAAAUCACAGAGAUGAUGAUGGUGCAAAGCGAGUUUUCUUUGGUUGAGAACGCUUCUUAGAAGGAAUAUCAGCAGAAGCUUAUAUCACAGUGCAGAGGACAGAGUUAAACAGUCCACUAGGCCUUAAGGUUCAGUUACAUAUCACAGAAGCUGUUUGUCCUGCAUUUAGUGAACCAGGACUUCGAGCUCUUCUCCGCUUCUUAACAGGAUUGUAUCUUUGUCUAAAUAGAGGAGAUGUAGAUCCGAAGGCCCAGCAGCGAUCUACUGAAGCAGCGGGACGUUCUCUGAUUUCUAUUAUUGUGGACCACAUUUUUCUCUGCAUUAAAGAUGCUGGUUUGUAUCAUUCUAUUGUGUUCUGUUGCAGUUUGCUUUCUCUCUUUUCCUUAUUAGUCAGAUAUGUAAUUGAAGUAGUAGUUUUAUGAUUGAAGCAAUUCUAAUGUAACAUCUUAUAUCACAUCCUUUUCAUUAAGAAUAAGAACAUUUCAGAGAGUUUCAACUUCUUGCAGAAUUCCAGCUCGAACUUUUGAUGCAGUCACUCUGCUUUUCACGGUUAUUUUCCCUCAAUGUCUGAUAUAC